AUGCUGCCCCGAAAGCAGAUCUGGCUGAAUGUGAAUAAUGCUGUCCCAAAGCAGAUCUGGCUGAAUGUGAAUAAUGCUGUCCCAAAGCAGAUCUGGCUGAAUGUGAAUAAUGCUGUCCCAAAGCAGAUCUGGCUGAAUGUGAAUAAUGCUGUCCCAAAGCAGAUCUGGCUGAAUGUGAAUAAUGCUGUCCCUAAGCAGAUCUGGCUGAAUGUGAAUAAUGCUGUCCCUAAGCAGAUCUGGCUGAAUGUGAAUAAUGCUGUCCCUAAGCAGAUCUGGCUGAAUGUGAAUAAUGCUGCCCCAAGCAGAUCUGGCUGAAUGUGAAUAAUGCUGUCCCUAAGCAGAUCUGGCUGAAUGUGAAUAAUGCUGCCCCAAAGCAGAUCUGGCUGAACGUCUUCUUUAUUUUGCUCCUUGGUGUCCUAUUCAGGAGUCUGAUUCAGACCUGGACGCAGACGACGAGGUAACCAACUACACCUUUUUCCAGAACAUUCUUCUUGUUAAAUUUGUUUUAAAAAAAUGUUAGAAGACUUUUACCUGAUUUCUGUUUAUCAGCUGAAUGUAUUCAACAUGUUGUAUUGACCCCCUCCUCUCUUACAGAGUGACAAGAGUGACAAGAAAUGUAAGCUUGAGCUAUUUGUUUUUUUAAAAUGAUUACGUUUGUUGGUAGUGACGAAUACAACCUCUGCAUUAACUAACCUUCAUAACUACCUGUAGUCCAGGAAGAACAUAUUCAAUUACGUUGUGGUUUUUUUUAAUGCAGUACGCAGGCCAGUGAUUUUGCAUUGCUUAGCAUAAAAUAACGUCCGUUUGACUAACCGAGUUGUGUGUAAUAUAAUAUUACUAACACCUUGUUCAGUUAACUGUGGGUCCCUGGCCGCUAUGCUAUGGCUGGUAUGCGUUGCAUCCCUUCCUCUCCAAUGCCCAUUCUGUUUCUCCCUCCUUCAAUCCCUCCUUCAUCCAUUCAACCAUCAUCAUCAUCAUCACAUCAUCAUCAUCACGCUAUUUCAGUUUUAUAGAAGUCAAAGGGAAUGCUUAAGAUACUGUAUGAAUGCUUGAGAUACUGUAUGAAUGCUUGAGAUACUGUAUGAAUGCUUGAGAUACUGUAUGAAUGCUUAAGAUACUGUAUGUGUGCUUGAGAUACUGUAUGAAUGCUUCAGAUACUGUAUGAAUGCUUGAGAUACUGCAUGAAUGCUUCAGAUACUGUAUGAAUGCUUGAGAUACUGUAUGAAUGCUUCAGAUACUGUAUGAAUGCUUGAGAUAAUGUAUGAAUGCUUGAGAUACUGUAUGAAUGCUUGAGAUACUGUAUGAAUGCUUCAGAUACUGUAUGAAUGCUUGAGAUACUGUAUGAAUGCUUCAGAUACUGUAUGAAUGCUUGAGAUACUGUAUGAAUGCUUGAGAUACUGCAUGUGUGCUUGAGAUACUGUAUGAAUGCUUGAGAUACUGUAUGAAUGCUUGAGAUACUGUAUGAAUGCUUGAGAAUACAUAUAUAUAUGCCAUGGCACUUCCAAUGUGAAUAUAUCACAUCCAAUUAUUUAAACGUAUUUGGAUGGCUAACAAAAACACACUGUACUAUAGCAAUAUGUUAAACAAACUUUAAUUUAAUUCCAGAUUUUUGCUUGUUUGGAAUGAAUUCAAAGAAGGAAUUCAUAUAAUGUGAAUGUAAAGUUAAUUUUUGUCUCCGAUCACUCCCUUAUUGUACUUCCAUGGUUGCUGAAACACUUUCUUUGCUCUGCAUGAAAAUAACUUGACUCACAUACAUAUGGUAUAUGUUUGGUAGUCUGUGUGUGUGCGUGUGUUCGUGUGUGUGUAUUCUGCCUGUACGUGUGUGUGUGUCUGUGUGUGUGUGUCUAUGUGUGUGUAUUCUGCCUGUAUGUGUGUGUGUAUGUCCGUGUGUGUGUGUGUCCGUGUGUGUGUGUGUGUCUGUGUGUGUAUAUUCUGCCUGUACGUGUGUGUGUAUGUCCGUGUGUGUGUGUGUCCGUGUGUGUGUGUGUAUUCUGCCUGUACGUGUGUGUAUGUCCGUGUGUGUGUAUGUCUGUGUGUGUGUGUCUGUGUGUGUGUAUUCUGCCUGUAUGUGUGUGUGUGUCCUGUGUGUGUGUCUGUGUAUGUGUAUUCUGCCUGUACGUGUGUGUGUAUGUCCGUGUGUGUGUGUGUCCGUGUGUGUGUGUCUGUGUGUGUGUAUUCUGCCUGUACGUGUGUGUGUGUGUGUGUGUAUGUCUCUAUCUCUCUUUUUAAGUUCUCUGAAUUCAUUUCUCGAUUCAUUAGCAUGUUAUAUCACUGGUAUCUUUUCUGUUAUUGAUUCAUUAGCAUGUUAUAUCACUGAUAUCUUUUCUGUUAUCAAUUCAUUAGCAUGUUAUAUCACUGGUAUCUUUUCUGUUAUCAAUUCAUUAGCAUGUUAUAUCACUGGUAUCUCUUCUGUUAUCAAUUCAUUAGCGCUUUUCACUUUUUACAGAUCACUGAACUUCCUCUAAUGAAAGCGCUUUUCUGAAUGUUUAAAACACACCUAAUAGUUCAGAAACCAAAACGGCAUGAUAAGAUAUUUAUUUACAACAUUAACUGAGGUUAUCUACAUGUAUUUAUAUAUAGUUUUACUGAUAAGUUAUUUAUUUACAACAUUAACUGAGGUUUACUACAUGUAUUUAUAUAUAGUUUUACUGAUAAGUUAUUUAUUUACAACAUUAACUGAGAUUUACUACAUGUAUUUAUAUAUAGUUUUACUGAUAAGUUAUUUAUUUACAACAUUAACUGAGGUUUACUACAUGUAUUUAUAUAUAGUUUUACUGAUAAGUUAUUUAUUUACAACAUUAACUGAGGUUUACUACAUGCAUUUAUAUAUAGUUUUUACUGAUAAGUUAUUUAUUUACAACAUUAACUGAGGAUUUCUACAUGUAUUUAUAUAUAGUUUUACUGAUAAGUUAUUUAUUUACAACAUUAACUGAGAUUUACUACAUGUAUUUAUAUAUAGUUUUACUGAUAAGUUAUUUAUUUACAACAUUAACUGAGAUUUACUACAUGUAUUUAUAUAUAGUUUUACUGAUAAGUUAUUUAUUUACAACAUUAACUGAGGUUUUCUACAUGUAUUUAUAUAUAGUUUUACUGAUAAGUUAUUUAUUUACAACAUUAACUGAGGUUUUCUACAUGUAUUUAUAUAUAGUUUUACUGAUAAGUUAUUUAUUUACAACAUUAACUGAGGUUUUCUACAUGUAUUUAUAUAUAGUUUUACUGAUAAGUUAUUUAUUUACAACAUUAACUGAGGUUUACUACAUGUAUUUAUAUAUAGUUUUACUGAUAAGUUAUUUAUUUAAAACAUUAACUGAGGUUUACUACAUGUAUUUAUACAUAGUUUUACUCAUAUGUUAUUUAUUUACAACAUUAACUGAGGUUUUCUACAUGUAUUUAUAUAUAGUUUUACUGAUAACUUAUUUAUUUACAACAUUAACUGAGGUUUUCUACAUGUAUUUAUAUAUAGUUUUACUCCCCAUUUGUUUCUAUUUACUUUAGAAUUCCUGACAGUUUUUUACCAGCGGUUUUUACGAGGCGCGGGAAACGUUCUACUCUUUUCUCUCUGUUCGCUUUUGUCAGUGGACAUGAACCCUUCAUGUUGAGAACAAUCUUGAGAUGCUUUUGUGUGAAACCAGUCUGUUUUCUCCCUCCAUUUGUUCCAUAUUCAUCAGGGUUGGGGGGUCAAUUCCAUUUAAAUUCAAACGGUCAAUUCAGAAAGUAAACCAAAAUUCAAAUUCCACAUGUUCCUAAUUGAAAAGCAUUGAAGAGAAUUUGAAUUUUGGAACUGGAAUUUCAGUGUACUUCCUGAAUUGACUAGAAUUUUAAUGGAGUUGACCCCAACCCUGGUAUUCAGGUCUCUCACCAUUUUCAUUUUUCCACCUCCCUGUUGUGUUUAUGACAACUUCCCUGUUGUGUUUAGACUACUUCCCUGUUGUGUUUAUGACGACUUCCCUGUUGUGUUUAUGACGACUUCCCUGUUGUGUUUAUGACGACUUCCCUGUUGUGUUUAUGACGACUUCCCUGUUGUGUUUAGACUACUUCCCUGUUGUGUUUAUGACGACUUCCCUGUUGUGUUUAGACUACUUCCUGUUGUGUUUAGACUACUUCCCUGUUGUGUUUAGACGGCUUCCCUGUUGUGUUUAGACGACUUCCCUGUUGUGUUUAUGACGACUUCCCUGUUGUGUUUAGACGACUUCCCUGUUGUGUCUAUGACGACUUCCCUGUUGUGUUUAGACUACUUCCCUGUUGUGUUUAGACUACUUCCUGUUGUGUUUAUGACUACUUCCUGUGUCAUAUGUAUGAACGUGCAGUCAAACACACCAAUAUGUAUUGACAGGUUAUUUCUUGCCCAUAUCUUUCCUCCGUCCUGUUCUGUUUCUCUUUCUGUUUGCUUCGCUUUCUGCUGUUGCUGCCCUCCUCCUCCCGGCUCUCCUCUGGAGAUCUUACCACUCCUCUUCCUUUGUCAAGCUGCUUUAACUUUUCCCUCUUUGAACAGAAGAUAUACUGGGAUAUGUUCUGCCCUGACCACGGUUUUCCGGUAUCUUCUCUUCCCCCCUUAUGUUCUUUACAUCUUUGGUUUGGUCUCCUCCUUUUUUUCAAAAUGGAAGACGACGAGACGGAGUCGACAGACACUUACACGCUGCCGACCAAUCAGGUGCUAGACCCAGCCACGCUAGCCAGCCCUGACCUUCUAUCAGAGGUCUCCGACGUGAAGCACGACCUCAUCAAGAUGUCUGCCAUCUUGACGACAGAGCAAACUGAACACCCAAGCUCUUCGGAUAGAGGAAGAGGAGGAGGAAGAGGAGGAGGAAGGACAGGGAUGGAGGAGGAACCCAGAGAGCCGUUUGAGAUCAUGGAACAGGUGAAAGAGGAUCUGGAGAAGGUCGGAGAGAUUUUACGAGGGGGAGAUACUAGAUUCACAAACAACAAAGAGAACGUACUGCAGAUGUCCGAAUUAGAGGACGAGGAGUGGGUUCUUCUCUCUCAGACUAAAGCCAAAGCCAUGACUCCCUCUGAGGUUCAGGAGCCGGUACUACAAGAAGUCAGCAUUCAGAGGAAGACCUCUUCCACAGUGACCAAAGAGGUUAGAGAUAUGUCAGGUAUGGUAUCUCACCUCAGUGGGGAAAUGAACCAGCACCUAGAAGAGAGACCUGCCAUAACCAGUGGCCCACCACAGGACAGCAUCGUCCAGGAGAGGUUUGAUCAGGUCGAUCUGAAGCGGGAAGGCAAACGCCAUCCUCCUGAGAUCAAAAAGCCGAUCAGGAAGAAGCUGAGGGACAGGGAACGUUCUGGAUGCAGCAGCUCCGAGGGAGAGCUGGAGAGGAUGAGCUCUGAGGAAUCCCUUGAUGGGGAUAUUGUUCUGGGGGAGCCGAGGCCGGGAGUGGUGCCUGGGACUGAGCCUGGAGUGGUUCCCAAAUCUAUGCCUAGAGUGGUGUCUGGGUCUGGAGUGGUGUCUGGGUCUGAGUCUGGAGUGGUGUCUGGGUCUGGAGUGGUGUCUGGGUCUGGGGUGGUGUCUGGGUCUGGGUCUGGAGUGGUGUCUGGGUCUGGGUCUGGAGUGGUGUCUGGGUCUGGACUGGGAGUGGUGUCUGGGUCUGGACCGGGAGUGGGGCCUGGGACUGAGUUAAAACCGACUGAGUCUGGACCUUCUGGACCAACCCCAGCCAUGGAGCCACCAGUGUCGCCCCUGGUCGUGGAAACCCCAAUCGGGUCCAUAAAGGACAGGGUGAGAGCUCUGCAAAAGAAGGUUGAGGAAGAGGAAGAGGGGGAGGAUGGCCGUAAGCGAAAGCCUGCGCAGGCCCCAGUCCCUCAGACCACAACUUUCUUCACCAUCACUAAGGAGACGGGUGAGUCCCAGAUGCCAGAUCUUCCCAAGCUUCCCAGAUCUCCAAAAUCCCCCCGGUCUCAGACAGAGAGGCUGGAGGAGACGAUGUCAGUCCGGGAGCUGAUGAAGGCAUUCCAGACUGGCCAGGAUCCUUCCAAGAACAAAACGGGGCUCUUCGAGCACAAAGCCAUGACUUCAUCCACAACCUCCACAUCGGGCUCCGAGGCAGUGAUCUACAGUGAGACCUACAGAGCUGAACCCAGUCCCACAGAGCAUCCGCCAUCAGAAACUCCAACUUCCACAAUCCUCUACCCGCAGAGUGAUGUCCUGCCCCUCGACAAUAAAGGGGUGGAUGAUGAACCACACCUGAUCUUAGUAAGGGACCACUCUGAAGACUCUGAGAUAACUCAUGUUACGGUUCAGUUGCAGGAGUCAGCGACUAACAUCAACAGAAUACAACCAGAGGACAGAGGGAUCCCUCUAGACAGGGCUCUACCAAAGGAUGGAGGGAUCCUCCUAGACAGGGCUCUACCAGAGGAUGGAGGGAUCCUCCUAGACAGGGCUCUACCAGAGGAUGGAGGGAUCCUCCUAGACAGGGCUCUACCAGAGGAUGGAGGGAUCCUCCUAGACAGGGCUCUACCAGAAGACGGAAGGAUCCUCCUAUAUAAGGCUCAACCAGAGGAUGGAGGGAUCCUCUUAGAGAGGGCUCAACCAGAGGAUGGAGGGAUCCUCGUAGACAGGGCUCUACCUGAGGACGGAGGGAUCCUCCUAUCCAGGGCUCAACCAGAGGAUGGAGGGAUCCUCUUAGACAGAACUCUACCAGAGGAUGGAGGGAUCCUCCUAGACAGGGCUCUACCAGAGGAUGGAGGGAUCCUCUUAGACAGGGCUCUACCAGAGGAUGGAGGGAUCCUCUUAGACAGGGCUCUACCAGAGAAUGAAGGGAUCCUCGUAGACAGGGCUCUACCAGAGGAUGGAGGGAUCCUCCUAGACAGGGCUCUACCAGAGAAAGGAGGGAUCCUCCUCGACAGGGUUCUACCAGAGGAUGGAGGGAUCCUCCUAGAUAGGGCUCUACCAGAUGAUGGAGGGAGCAGCCCAGAGAUGAUGCAGCUGGAGGAACCAGAGAUGGGACCAGACAGGAUGCCUUCUAUAGAGAUUAUGCAGCUGGAGGAAUCAGAGGUGGGACCAGACAGGAGGCCUUCUAUAGAGAGGAUGAAGCUGGAGGAACCAGAGAUGGGACCAGACAGGAGGCCUUCUAUAGAGAUGCAGAUCAGCCCGGACAGGAAACCCUCUGAGGACUUCAGCUCUGACAUCAAGGCCGAGCUGGAGGACAGUCCAGAGUACCAGCUGUUCAGACAGACCUCGUCCACUGGGGACGACAACCACCCCCAGGCUGAAGCAGCCAAGGAGGAACUCCCAGCAGACCACCCCAACGACAAUCCAACCUUCAUGUUCAGCCACUCUAUGAACGACGACGGGCGGGAUGAGUUAUUUACUAAGGCUGAGAACCUGGUGGGGGAUGAAAGCCCUGUGAGUCUGAAGCACGAAGGAGCAGCGGACUCUCCCGGGACUAGCGUAGGAACCAGGACUACCCAUUCAAGUACGGGGGAGAGUGAGAAACACGAAGGAUUAGCAGACACCCCACAGAUGAGCCCUCUCACAUUCCCCACUCAGGAGAUAGACAUGCCCACAGCUGAUAAAGAGACAGAAAUAAUGGAUGGGAAGAAGGUACUAGGAGAUGUGAUUCAUGGAUGA